GCUCAGCCAGUGUCGGACGCUCGGCUUCGCAGUCGACGACCUUAGUAUUCUUCGUUUAUUUUCUUUUCUAUUCGUUUAAUUUGCCGCUCGGAACUCGGGGCGUUUUAAACAUGAAAUGUGUCGCCUGUGAGUGAGUCCCCGUGUUGCUCUGUUUACCCUAAUUUUAUUUUGACAGUGUCAUUAUCACGUGCGGAAUCGUAUUAUUACCGGUUCCGGAGUUUUCAAGUGUUUAUUAUACAUACGAAGCCUACGUUUGCCGCAGGUAGAGCCGGCCGGUGGUCAAAAGGUGAGAUAGUGUCAGUUUCGGAGUGUUAUAAAAAGGAAUUCUCGUGGGAACUUUGAUAAAGUUUGCUGUGUUCGGUGUUGGUCUUCGAAAAAGUUUGCGCAGAGCUCUACCUUUAAAGGACUCUGCUCGGAAAGUGCCGGCAAGUGCGUAAGUGAGUGAAGUCUGGAGUCUAGACGUGCUUACAACUUAAACAUAACCUAAUUCGAACAGCGCGCGUGUAGUACGGGCAUGCGCAGUUCGGACCAUACAAAUUAUUAAUAAGUGGUUCGUAAUUUUAUAAACAAACAGUCAACGUGGUUACUUUGUGUUGUGGUGCGUCGCUAACAAGAAGCGCACGAGUGUUCACCGGUUCCGUGGUCGCCGGCUCUACACAAAACUCCUUGGAUUUUUAAAUCAAGAAUAACGUUCACCUGUGGGAUUUCGGUGUUUUACCUGCGCGCGCACGGAACUUCUUUACAAGGUUGGCGCAGCUAUGAUGUCCUGUCCUCUACCACUGCCGCUGCUGCCGGCACUCCAUCCACAACCUGCCUUGGCGUCUGACUUUCCGAUCCACAUUGGAAUAAAGAGAGGCUCAGACGAGCUUCUUUCGCAGAGUGGCGUCACCGUCAUGGCGCCCGCCGCUCCGCACCACGCCGACAAUAACAACCAAGACUCCGCCGCGAAAAAGGUGAAACUGGAACAGAAUGUGGGCAAGCCGUCCCGCGUCAUCCACAUACGGAACAUACCCAACGAAACGACAGAGGCGGAGAUCAUACAGCUCGGCCUACCCUUCGGAAGAGUCACUAAUGUGCUCGUGCUCAAAGGCAAAAAUCAGGCAUUCCUCGAAAUGGCGGAGGAGAUAUCGGCGGUGGCGAUGGUGGCGUACUUCGGCGGCUGCGUGGCCCAGCUGCGCGGGCGCGCCGUCUACGUGCAGUUCUCCAACCACAAGGAGCUCAAGACAGACCAGACACACAGCAAUGCUGGGUCGGUUUGCUUGCAGUCGGCGUCGGCGCAGGCGGCGCUGCAGGCCGCGCAGGUCAUCUCCAACAGCGCGGGCGCAGCGUUGGUGGCCGGCGCGGGCGCAGCGAUGCAGCCGGCGAACGGAGGCACGGAGAUUCAGGGCGGGCCCAACACAGUGCUGCGCGUGAUCAUAGAACACAUGCUGUACCCCAUCGUGCUAGAUGUGUUGUACUCAAUCUUCCAGCGGUACGGAAAGGUGCUCAAGAUCGUCACAUUCACCAAAAAUAAUUCAUUCCAAGCCCUCAUCCAGUAUCCGGACACAGUGUCAGCGCAAACGGCGAAAACGGCUCUGGACGGCCAAAACAUCUACAACGGAUGCUGCACUCUCCGCAUCGACUACUCAAAGAUGACCUGCCUUAACGUGAAAUACAAUAACGACAAGUCCCGGGACUACACCAACCCGACGCUGCCGUCGGGCGAUGGAGACGCGCACCAGCUGUUGACCAGUGGAGGUGUGCUAGCGCCACAGUUCCUAGGACUGGGCUCGGGCCUGACUUCGCCCUACGGAGUGGGCGUGGGCGGCGUGGGCUUGCCCGCGUUCGGGGCCCUCACCCUCACGCCCGCCUCGCCGGCCCUGCGCGCCCUGACCGCGCCUCCGCUGCCACUCGCCACCGUGCUCCUCGUGUCCAACCUCAACGAAGAGAUGGUCACGCCUGACGCUCUAUUUACCCUUUUCGGUGUAUACGGGGACGUGCAACGGGUGAAAAUCCUAUACAACAAGAAGGACUCAGCCCUGAUCCAGAUGGCUGAACCGCACCAGGCACAUCUAGCGAUGACUCACAUGGACAAGCUCCGUGUGUUCGGCAAGGCGAUGCGCGUCAUGCUGAGCAAACACCAGACAGUGCAGCUGCCUAAGGAAGGCCAACCCGAUGCUGGGCUCACGAGGGAUUACUCACAGAGCCCGCUGCACAGAUUCAAGAAGCCGGGAAGCAAAAACUACCAGAACAUCUACCCGCCGAGCGCCACGUUACAUCUGUCCAACAUUCCAGCCACGGUGUCGGAAGAUGACAUCAAGGAAGCUUUCACCAAACGGGGAUUCACAAUCAAGGCAUUCAAGUUCUUCCCCAAGGACCGCAAAAUGGCAUUGGUGCAACUACCCUCAAUCGACGACGCGGUGGCGGCGCUCAUUAAAAUGCACAACUACCAACUCUCGGAGUCGAACCACCUUCGAGUCUCGUUCUCCAAGUCCAGCAUCUAAGGGUGCUUCCCGGAAUAUCACACAAGCGGUGGCGGUCGGUUCGGGCUGCGAGCCGAUUGCGGUACGCCUCUCACUAUUCGAUUCGCUGUAUAGGAUCCCUUGCAAGUUUAGGUGGCGCCACUAGAGCAUGGUCUUACUAAUUCAAGUCACUUCCUUUCAUGUCCAAAUUUUUUGGAUGAGCCCCUUCAAAUCUAAAUUUCCCGAUAGUUAUAAUUGGAGUAUGUUUAAGAUUUUUGAUUCUUUGUCCAAGUUGCAAAAGGAUUUUUUGCCCAGUUAUAGGAAGUUCCAGUGCAAGGCGCUAUUCGUAGCGCUGAUAUUUAACAUAAUAGUAGUUAGAAUUUUAAGGCCAUUCUCUUUGGCUUGGCAGCUAUUUUCUUAGAUCUAAUUCAUGUCGCUGAUUGAUAAUUAUAAUUACAGCGGCCUCAAGACUCUAGGGCCUUUAGGCCUAAGCUAUUUAGUAUAAUGUAAGUUAAACUACGAUGAUCGAGGAAUCGCACUGUCAAUUAGUUCUAAUUGACGCCGCCAGUUGAAAUGUUGCCAGUGUGGCGCCGGUAGCGACAAUUGUAGGUAGAUGAAGGUUUUUAUGCACGGGAUCUUCUGCAGCGCUACUCUAUUGUAUAUUAUUUUUAAUAAUAAAGAGCUACCGUACGGCCGCCCAACACCCGACUGUCAUACAUCUUACCUCUCACACAAUCGAGAAUUUGACUCGACUGAAAAUUAAAUUGUAUCUGUAUUACGCUUACUCGGAUCAGUCUAGAAAUUAAGUGCUACUCUAUUUUCUUAAUGAAUACGUACGUAUUACUACUGUACAUCAUAAUCUAAGAUACUAUCAUCACAUUUUACUCGUUAUUUUAGAACAAGGGUGCCCACCUACUUUACAACAGAGAGGAUUUCUAUUUUGUGUGAUAUUCAUUCCAUUUAUUGAUUUUCAUAAUUUAUUUUUGUAAACGUGUAAUGAUUUCCAGUGAUUUCGAUAUAUUUAUGGAUUCUUGAAAUCGAAAUACUAUCAGAAGUAUAUAAUUCUGCAAUUAGAUUGCGCUAGAUUUGUUUAAAUUUGGCAGUUUGUGUAACUAUUUUUAAUUGCAAUGUUUGACAUUGCCCCAGUUAUUUUUAUGGUUAAUGACAGACUAUUAUUAUUAUUAUAUCCUAAAUUGUAAUAAUCACUUUAGCACAUUGUUAAAAAAAUAUUUCUUUGUCACAUAAUUUGCAGUUAUUAUCCUAAUAUUAUAUUUUAUACAUAUAUUUUAUGCUCUAUUUUAAUAUGCACAAUUUACUAUUAUUGCAUUUCUUUAUAAGUAAUUAUAUAGUUUUGUACGCAUACACAUUUUUUCUUAUUUUAUUAUUGAUGGAAUGUUACGUUUAGAAAUGUGUAUGUGUGUGCAAUAUUAGUUUUUAGAUAUAUUUUAAUAAUAUAUUUUAGGUGUAUGCAACGUCUUCUGCGCCCGGACAUCCCGCGCUAUAUAUUAUUACAAUCUUAUAUGCUUCCAAACUCGUUUCGUUGUUUAGGAGAAUAUUAUUCUAUACUUUGUUUCAGUAGUUCGUGACGUUUAGUUAGUGUAAUCACAACUCUUAAGGCUAAGCAUCUAGAUUAUAUUUCACUAUUUAAAGUUAUGUUCAGCGACAUAAUAGUGACAUGAUGCAUUUAUUUUGAUGUUAAUUUAUAUUAAUGGUAGCUACAACAUAUUAUAAAUGCUCGUGCAUACAUUUCACUAAGCAGUUAAUUAUAGAUAAUUAUUUAUUCUGCCUGGUCGGGGAACGCUGCGUGGCGCGCGGUGACGUAUUAGAAUAAUUGUUGUGUGCGCGGACGCCGCCACGCGCAAGUAUUAGCGAGAUCUGAUUUUGCUCUAUGACAUAUAAUCGUCAGUAUUUACACUAGGUCACAAUACUUCAUUAUUAAACAGUAUUUUAGUUAAAUAAUUCUCCCUCGAUGUUUCGUUUUGUAUAUAGACGCUCCGACUUCCAACACUCGAGCUUUUCACGCUUCUCGGACUUCACCAAGUUCUCGAUUGGUUUCACACGACUUUGCCUUCUUAAAUUAAUUAAAAAUGCGUCUAGUCCAAUGCAAAAGAGAUUAAGUUUGUGGGUAAGUGAUUUACGUUAUGAAAAAUCUUCUAAUUUGUCUGUGUCUAAACUCUGGUAAGAAAAGCUUUUGUAAAAAGAUUGUAUUAUAAAGAAUUUGGUCAUAGAGUGAUGCCCAGAUAUUAAAUCUAACUGUUAGGACCAGUUUUAAGUGUUCAGUUACACGUCCAGUAUACACGAAUGACGGCGGAACACGCGUGAGACAGAUACCUGAACGUGACACGUGAGGUGAGAACGAUCAUCACAAUAGUCGUUACGGGCUCGCAAGUCUUCGACGGAAGCAUACAUAUCUUGACAAUGCCACGACGGCAUUUCAACUAGGGUAGAGUUUGAGGCGAGUGUAAGUAUGGCGGUGCGAGCAUGAAGCGGCGUCUCAGCCUCGCCGAGGCUCAAGUCCCUUCAUUCCUUACUUUCAACAUAACGCCCGUAGUCACAAAUAUCAAACGGUCGAACAACCGACCCGUUUUUCUUAUUUAAGAAAUCAAUUUGAAAUCAUAAAAUCACAUAUUUACACUAUUAUAAAAUUGUAUAAUAUACAUCACGUACUCUAAAUAAAUAAAAAUAGAGCUUAGUAAAUUGAAUAAAACUGAAAAAAUUAGAACGUCAUUGUAUGUAAGUUUUAAUAGAAAAAUCAUACAAAUUGUAUUAAUCAGUACCUACCUACGAUAAGAACAUUAGUAGUUAUUUGGUUUAGAUAAUGUUAGGAGACCAGGGUGUGGUGAUAUUUUGCACGUUUUUGAAAAUGUUUUUCUAAUAAGGUGCAGGAUUCUGUGCCUGUUUUGAAAUAAAGUGAAGAAAUGGAAAGUGACUGGUGGUGGUCUGCUUCGAGAUCGGCGGGAUCGCAUUUGUAAUUUUAAAAUUUACUAUUACGUAUUCGAUAAACAAAAUCACAAAAAGGAGAUUACAUAUCUUUAUUGAACGUAGAACGCUACACACGGCAUAAGGCGCAUCGCGUGAAUAGUUAUGUAUCAGUUGCUUGUGCUCAAUCGUAGUCGACAGUGUGUAGCGUUUUCAGGCCUAAAGUUUUUUCAAUAACAUCGGUAUUGACUAAUAGAUAAUUAAUAGGGAUUUAUGUGUUUAGAGAAGUAUUUUAAAUAUUUAGAUAAUAAUGGUAAUAUUAUUAAAAAAUAAUAAAAUAGAUCAGUGUUUAGGAUGAGAUGCCAAAUUUAAGAGUCAAUAUCACAUUAUUUUAGGUAAAUGGUAAUUGAGGUAAUCUUAACAUUUAUUGAAAAGUUGAUGAAAAUGUUACAGUUAAAUUAUAUUUGAGAGUUUUAUUAAGCGCAAUAUAUGCAAUUUUAUUCAUCGUAAGUGAACAUUGUUUCAAUUUGUUAGUUAAAGUUAUGCGUUGAAAGAUGUGGAUGUUGUUUUCGGAUGUCUUCAGUUCUGCCGCCGUGCGCGGGCCGAGCUCUUCGUGUUGCCUUCCUGCGUUCAAACGACAUAUCCUAGCAUAUCAUUCUGAGGAUGCUUAAGUAUAUUUUAUUGCGCUUUAUAUUCACCUCUUGUAGUAGCUGUAUCGGUACAGAGCCUCGCGGUAGGCCGACAUAUCAACUGAGAUUGGCUCAGGCGCAUGAUGCACCCAUCGGUCGCUCGGGCGACACUCGUCGCCGCAACAUACUUUCAACUUCAUUGUUUCUGUAAUGCCUAAUUUAAGAUGUCAUCGUUUCUUUUCUUAUUGUAAAGUUAAGCCUUUUGUGUGGUUAAUUUCAUUCUUAUUUUUAAUUUCAUGAUUAAACUUAUUAUUAUAAUUGAUA